AUGGAUCAGGAGAAAUGCUUACCGGAGCUGAUGGCCGAGAAAGAUACGCUGGACUCCUCAUUUGUUCAUGCAAUGCGUCUGCUUGCCGAAGAAAUUGAAAAGUAUGAGGGGGAUGAGUUGAGAAAAGACGGUGACGUCAAGAAAUACCUUGAUGUCAUCAGUAACAAAAACAUCAAGCUCUCGGAAAGAGUACUCAUCCCAGUUCAACAGUACCCAAAGUUUAAUUUUGUUGGGAAGCUGUUGGGUCCACGGGGCAAUUCCAUGAAAAGAUUACAAGAAGAAACAGGAGCAAAGAUGUCCAUCCUCGGAAAAGGCUCCAUGAGGGACAAAGGAAAGGAAGAAGAGUUGAGGAAAAGUGGAGAGGCCAAGUAUGCCCAUUUGAGUAACGAUCUCCACGUUUUAAUUGAAGCCUUCGCUCCUCCUGGAGAGGCCUAUUCCCGCAUGAGCCAUGCCUUGGAGGAGAUUAAGAAAUUCCUAGUUCCAGACUACAAUGAUGAGAUCAGACAGGAGCAGCUGAGGGAGCUCUCCUACUUGAACGGAGGAUCAGAAGACACCAGCAGAGGGAGGACUGUACGUGGGCGGGGCUUACGACUGGCUUCCACCACAAACACACGGGCACGGGGAGGUGCGGCCCCACCACCUCCACCAGUCAGGGGGGCAGCUGUACCCAGGGGAACAGUGGGUAAGCGGAGUGUCCUGCCACAAUCCACAUUAACGAGAGGAGUACCCGCUCCCAGGGCCAGGGGAACACCAGGGAACCCCGGAUACAGACCCCCACUGUUACCCAUCACACACGAAUCAUACGACGACUACGUAAGUAACAUGCUUUACUUUUUCUUUGACCCGCAGGGCUAUGAUGAUGGAUAUGACGGUGAAUAUGAUGACCAGAGUUAUGAUGCCUAUGAGGAGAACUACAGCAAUCAGUCAAAGAGCAUUUCUGAAUAUUACGAAUAUGGCCAUGGAACCAAUGACGAAGCCUACAACAAUUACGGUAAAAAGGAGUGGACUACAACCCGUCCGACACUCAAAGCCCCAACAGCAAGGCUCUCACGAGGGGGCUACAGAGAACAUCCCUAUGGUAGAUAUUGA